AUGAACGGUGACCAUGGCCCGAUAUUGGACAAGAAUAAUAUCAUCAACGUAAGAGAUGGAGAAUCGCUUUACCAAAUAUGUAUCAAAUUGCGCCGUCGCCUGUCAGGGGUCCCUGGCUUCCGACCCUACCUUGAUGAGAUGGAGGAACGCGAGGCCGACGGAGAAACUGAUCCUGUGUCCUCACUGUGGCAAUGCUUCCGAAGUGGCUUGCCACUGUUGACCAUAUACAAUGCUUCCAACCCGGAGGAGGGCGAUCUCCGUGUGGACACCACCAAGCCAGAGAGGGUAGGGAAGGAGGCUGCGUUUCUGUUCAUCAAGUCCUGCAUGCAGCAGAUGAACAUCCCUGCUGCGGACACGUUCACCGUCACUGAUCUCUACAGCGACAACACUACGGGUUUUGUCAAGGUCACCAAAUUGGUCAAUCGUGUCCUCGAUAUCCUAAAACUGAGUGGCAAGUUGCAUCCGUCCACGGACAGCGAGGAUUCGCGCGAUGGAACGGACAGUGGUUCCAACGCCUCCAAUCAACCACCCAAGUCAAUGACAAGGAGACAGUAUAUACUGAGGGAGCUGGUCGAGACCGAAAGGCAAUAUGUUCAUCACCUACAAAACUUGCAGGCGCUCAAAAAGGAAUUGGAAGAGUCCGGCGCAUUGACAGGAGAUGCUGUCCACAACAUCUUCUUGAACCUCAACAAUCUUUUGGAUUUUGCGCAACGAUUUUUGAUCCGUGUUGAGCAACAAAACGAAGUACCCGAAGAUCAACAAAACUGGGGCGAGCUUUUCGUGCAUUAUUCAGACCCUUUCAGACAGUACGAGCCGUUUAUUGCCAAUCAGAGAAGAUGCGAGGCGACUUGUCAGCAGGAGUGGGAAAAGAUGGUCGCGAGCAUCCGAUCCCCGUUGACCCAACAAAUGCUUGCCAACCCUACCAUCCUGAAUGGUUUCUUACUGAAGCCGUUCCAGCGGUUGACUAAAUACCCCCUGUUGCUGAAGGAUCUUCAAAGCCAGACGGAAGACGAACGUCUGAAAGACGACCUAUCUAGUGCAAUCAAAAUUAUUCAGGACGUGUUAAUGCAAGCGAAUGCCUCAAUUGACAAGGAGACCCGUGAUGAUGCCCUUCAAGACCUGCAGGAGCGCAUAGAUGAUUGGAAGACUCUCCAGAUCGCGGCGCUUGGCGAACUUCUCCUGCAUGGGACGUUCAAUAUCGUCAAGGACGGCAGUCUUCGUUCUGAAGAGAAGGAAUAUCACAUCUACCUCUUCAGCCGCAUUUUGAUCAUGUGCAAAGAUGUUAACGCCAACAAACCCAAGAACAGACUGGCGAACAAACCUGCACUGAACCAGCGGGGGAAGCCUCGAAUGAAUCUCAAAGGUCGAAUCUAUUUCAACAAUGUCAAAUCUGUGUCUGCUACAAGUUCGGCUGGCCAUUACGCUUUGCAAAUCCAAUGGAGAAGCGAAGUCGGCACGAUGGAGACGUUCAUCAUCAAAUUCAAGAAUGACGACACAUUGCAAAAAUGGCAAGACAUUAUUGAAACACAGCGGUCAUCUUGCAUGCUUGAGGCCAGACCCAAGGGGACGUCCGACACACAACUUCUUUCGCUGCAGGGGAUGAGCAUGGAAAACCCCUACUUGGCGCAGGAGGAAGACGAUGACUACAGCCGACUAUCUGGUACCACUUACGGGGGAACGGAUGUGACGGGGUAUUCAGAGUUCAGCAUGAGCAGGAAUGCGUCUAGUACAAGCCUCCGGUCGCGGUCUGCAACAGGAGGAAGUGGUGGCAGCAGUAAUCCGCACAUGUCAGCUGGACGCAUGCGAGCACCAACGGCAGAAAUGGGAGGACUCUCUUUGAAUACCCGGGGCUUGCCGACUCCCCAGGAAUAUCCAGGAGGCUCCUACUUCUCCCCCAUUGAUCGAGAUACGCCGCCCCAGUCGUCAGUAUCUACCCGGUCCAGCUCUCAGUCCGCUUUUGGAGGGUCUAAUCGAGGAACAACACCCAUCAGUGCGGGCCCCCAUCGUUCCGAAGAGUCUUAUCGAAAUACAGCACCCGCCAUGGCUCGCAAUACGAACGGCCACACGAGCGGGAACCCGUAUUUGAUGAACGGCCGAAGUCGAGGCCCAAGUGCUGGCCCCGGCAUGCCCCCUCCUCGUAUGAGAUCUGCAAGCAGUCCGGAUGUGCAUCCCAUGGUACAACAGAGCCGGAAGUAUGUGUCAGGUGAACACGCGCCGACCGUGCCACCUAUCCCGGCGCAUGUUGCGAAACAGAUGGGUCCUCCUCCUCGAAGCCAUAACAAUUCCCCAAACAACGGCCCGCCUUCCCGGGGAGGCACCCCCCAUCAACAGUAUGGACUGCCUUCUGGACCCCGGCCCGGAAUGCCGAACUAUGGAUACACAUACGAUCCUUCAUAUGGGACCGAUCCCAGGAAACCGGGACAUGGACAGUCACUAUCGCAGGGUCGGCCCUUCUCGCCGCCUGUCUCAUCCCCCUCCAGUGAUGGAGAUCCGUACAUACCAAGUCAGCUGAAGGCGAAGGUCUGCUUUGACGAAAACUAUGUGUCGAUGAUUAUUGCAAGUAACAUCCAAUUUCGAUCAUUGGCAGAUCGAAUUGAUGCCAAAUUGGCCCGCUUUACCAAUCAUUCCAUCGCGUCGGGGUCGGUCCGCCUGCGUUACCGGGACGAGGACGGCGACUUUAUCCUGAUCGAUAGUGACGAGGCAGUGCAUGAAGCUUUGCUCGAUUGGCGAGAGACACACGCUGCAAAUCCCAUGAACCCACAGAGUGCGGAACUAUUGCUUUUUGCGCAUGCGGUGAAUGGUGAGGCUAUGGUGGCAGGAUGA